GUUAAAAACGAGAAGAUAUUAGGUGAGCCAGAGCAUGCUAUAUUCUUGGUAUGUCGGGCCGAUGAAAGUUCACUAAAUAGUAAAAUGGAUCCCAACACUUAAAAAAAAAAAAAAAAAAAAAAAAAAAAAAAAAAAAGGAAAAAAAAAAAAAAGGGUUCUAAACUGCUUUCAUAAAUUGAUUUGUUAUAUUUUCAUCUGUAGGACUCACUCUCUACCCAAUUGUUAAAAACAGGUGUGUAAUGGAGUUGUUCAUACUUUAAAUUCAGGAAUUGAGCAAACGCUUGGAAACCAGUCAAAUGCCUGAGCUCAUAAACAAUCCCAAAGUCAUUCAUCUCAAGCAAAAGAUUUAUGGGAGCACGACUGUAUAAAGAAUUCCUUUCUUGCGAAGACCAUUCCAGGAUGCAGAAGGCAACGAAAGACACGAUCAGCUUUCAUGAAUAUAGAAAAAGAACAGAGAAGCACUUGUCGGAACAAGAAGAACUUCAACCAGAUGAAUGUUGGGAAAGAUCCAUUAAAGAUACCCUUCGUGUACUGAAGGACAGGCCAUGCAACUUCGCUAUCUAUAGGGUUCCAAGCAGACUACGAAAAAUCAAUGAAGAUGUCUAUAAUCCGCGCAUCGUCUCAAUCGGACCAUUUCACCAUGGCAGAGAAGAUCUGCUGAAAAUGGAAGAGCACAAGUGGCGUUACAUGCUUUCCCUUCUUGGACGGACACGAGAUCAGGUAAAGACAUUGCAGGAGUUUACCAAAGGUAUUAUAAAAUUGCGGGAUGGUGUUCCUGGAUGCUAUGCAGAUGACCUCAACAUGAACCGGAAUAAACUGAUGGAUAUUUUGCUAGUGGAUGGCUGCUUCAUACUCGAGCUUUUUAUUAGGUACUCCGAUGCAAAUUUUAGGCAAAACGGCGGAGAUGAAACAACCAAUGGUGCUUGGAUGAUUCCGACCAUAAGACAUGAUUUGGCAUUGCUUGAAAACCAGAUCCCCUUCUCAGUUCUAGACCUCUUAUUUAGCAUCCUCGAGUCAUCAAAUGGUGAACGCUUUCCAUACACGCUUAACCAGUAUGUUCUACUUUUCUUCCACUCUGCUUCACUAGAACAGACAGUUCCAAUGAAUCCGAGAGCAAGAGAAGCCAGGCAUGUACUCGAAAUGUUGCAUAUCUAUUACCUUCCGUCAUCUUCAAAGACCGACGACCUUAAAGAAGAUCACACUUGGGGAUUCAAGCAUUGUGCAACAAAUCUCUUAAAGUCUGGAAUUGAGAUUGAAAAGGCCACAGGAUGUGGUGGUUUAUUGGAAAUAAAAUUCGAAAAAGGAGUGAUUCAGUUCCCAACAUUGUCCAUUGACGAAACAAUGGAGACGAUCUUUUGGAAUCUCGUUGCUUUUGAGCAAUGCCGCGUCGGUGGUACGCAUCACAUUACUUCAUAUCUCAUGCUUAUAAAAGGUCUCAUAGCUUCCUCAAAAGACAUAGAGUUGCUUCAGAAGAAGAAAAUAAUAAAAAUAUCCGACAGGAGUAGAGGUGAAGAUGUUUUAACUUUCUUCAAUAGUAUCUGCAGGGAAGUUGUUCUGAAAGAUUUCUAUUUUGCUAAGAUAUGUGAGGAUGUGAAUCAUUACACUCAGUCCUGGUGGCAUUUCCACAGAAUUAAAGCUCACUUGGGUGUACCAUGGUGCAAUUGCGUUGUCGGUCGCUAAAUUGAAAAAUGAAUAUUUCCCAAAUCCAAGGAGUUUCAGAUCACCCCGCUGCAUGCCAUCUUUGUCCUAGUAAUUCUCAUUGCCUGCAGACGGACAUCUUGGAUCUUAGGAUAAUCUUGCUUGCUCUUGUAAUUUUGGUUUCUUUUCAGUUGUAAUGAAUAAUAAGUAAUUGGCUGUUCCAGUACUUUCUUCUCA